AUGGUGCUGACCCCCGCCGCUUUAUCGAUUUAAAUCUCGGCUCCUACUUUCCUUCGUGUUCCCCGCGUAGCUUUGCUCUUGUUUAAUCCCUCGCGCAAGUCGCAGAGAGCAGAGAGCACCCCGGCCGCGAGAAAGAAGAAAGCUGCCGUCCCAGCUAGCUAUAAAAGCUCACUCUCUCUCUCUCCCCGCUUCACUCACCCCACCACCGCCGCACCCUGCCAUUCACUGCGGCCCCGUGUGUCCCCAGAUCUAGAGAUCCGCCGCCAUGGCGCCGGCCCUGGCGCUGCUGGUCCUGCUCGCCGUGGCCGUCUCCCUCGCCGGCGCCGACGAUCCCUACCGCUACUACACCUGGACCGUCACCUACGGCCCCAUCAACCCGCUCGGCACCACCCAGCAGGGCAUCCUGAUCAACGGCCAGUUCCCUGGCCCGCGCAUCGACUGCGUCACCAACGACAACCUCAUCGUCAACGUCGUCAACAACCUCGACGAGCCCUUCCUCCUCACCUGGAACGGCAUCAAGCAGCGCAAGAACUCGUGGCAGGACGGCGUGGCGGGGACCAACUGCGCCAUCCCGCCGGGGGCCAACUACACCUACAAGUUCCAGGCCAAGGACCAGAUCGGCACCUUCUUCUACUUCCCCUCCCUCGCCCUCCACCGCGCUGCCGGCGGCUUCGGUGCGCUCAACGUCUACCAGCGCCCCGCCAUCCCCGUCCCCUACCCACCCCCCGCCGGCGACUUCACCCUCCUCGUCGGGGACUGGUACGCCGCCGGGCACAAGCAGCUCCGCCAGGCGCUCGACGCCGGCGCCGCCGCCCUGCCGCCGCCCGAUGGACUCCUCAUCAACGGCGCCCAGUCUGCAACCUUCGUCGGCGACCUCGGCAGGACGUACCUGUUCCGGGUCUCCAAUGUCGGGCUCAAGGCCUCCGUCAACGUGAGGAUCCAGGGCCACUCGCUCCGGCUGGCGGAGGUGGAGGGGACCCACCCCGUGCAGAACGCCUACGACUCCCUCGACAUCCACCCCGGCCAGUCGCUCGCGUUCCUCGUCACGCUCGACAAGCCGCCGCUCGACUACGCUGUCGUCGUGUCCACGCGCUUCGCCGCCGCGAACCUCACGGCGGUGGGGACGCUGCAUUACGCCGGCGCGACGGCCCGGGCGCCGGGCCCGCUCCCGCCGCCGCCGCCGGGGCAGUUCGACUGGUCCCUCAACCAGGCGCGGUCGUUCCGGUGGAACCUCACCGCCAGCGCGGCGCGGCCCAACCCGCAGGGCUCCUUCCACUACGGGACCAUCCCGACGUCGAGGACGCUGGUGCUGGCGAGCUCGUCGUCCGCCGUGCUCGCUGGCCGGCGGCGGUGCGCCGUGAACGGCGUGUCGUUCGUCGUCCCCGACACGCCGCUCAAGCUCGCCGACAACUAUAACAUCGCCAACGUCAUGGACUGGGACGGCGUUCCGGCGAGGCCCGUCGGCGGGGCGCCGCCGCGCGCCGGGACGCCCGUCGUCAGGCUCAACCUGCACGAGUUCGUGGAGGUGGUGUUCCAGAACACCGAGAACGAGAUGCAGUCGUGGCAUCUUGACGGAUACGACUUCUGGGUUGUAGGGUACGGCAAUGGCCAGUGGACUGAGAUGCAGCGGCAAACCUACAACUUGGUCGACGCGCAAGCAAGGCAUACAGUUCAGGUGUAUCCGAACGGAUGGUCGGCGAUCCUGGUGUCGCUGGACAACCAGGGGAUGUGGAACCUGAGGUCGGCGAUCUGGGACCGGCAGUACCUCGGCCAGCAGCUCUACCUCAGGGUCUGGACGCCGGAGCAGAGCUUCGCUAACGAGUACAGCAUCCCGACCAAUGCCAUACUCUGCGGUAGAGCCGCCGGCUUGCCACACUGAUGACCAAGAUGCAGAGCAUACACGGUCGAUUCAUCCUAUACUACCUGUAUGUUUCGUAGAAUAAAUCAUUCUACUUAUAUAGCUGAUGAAAUCAAGAUGAUAGGUGACAGAGUGUUUUGUUGUAGCCAAAAGCUCAGAAUCUGAACUUGCUAUUCUUUGAUGGUGAUGUCAGUAGUUUAUUUCUGCUUGUGGUUUGCCUGUGGGUAAGGACCUCUCAGGCUGAAGCUGUCCCAUGAUCUUUUCCCCAAUGCAUUGUUGAUUCAGAAAUGACAGAUAUGUUUGGAUGUUUAUUA